AUGACUAUAAGAAAGAAUAAUAAUGUUACAUUUGAAGGAAUAGCUGAAAAUCCAAAUAUUGUAGAAGAAGAAGAAAAAAUAUUAACUUACUGGAAAAGUAUUGAUGCUUUUAAUUUAUCAAAUAAAUUAGCUGAAAAGAAAAAGCCAUUUAUAUUUUAUGAUGGACCUCCUUUUGCUACAGGAUUACCACACUAUGGGCAUUUACUAGCUGGGAUUAUAAAAGAUUGUGUUACUAGAUAUCAUUACCAAUGUGGAUAUUCAGUAGAGAGAAAAUUUGGAUGGGAUUGUCAUGGAUUACCAAUUGAAUAUGAAAUUGAAAAAGAAAAUAAUAUCAACAAAAAAGAAGAUAUUUUAAAAAUGGGUAUAGAUGUAUAUAAUGAAAAGUGUAGAAGUAUAGUUUUAAAAUAUUCAAACGAGUGGAUUCAUACAGUGGAACGUAUAGGAAGAUGGAUUGAUUUUAAGAAUGAUUACAAAACCAUGGAUACAACAUUCAUGGAAAGUGUCUGGUGGGUGUUUGGUCAACUUUAUAAAAAAAAUUACAUAUACAAAUCUUUCAAAGUAAUGCCAUAUUCUUGCAAAUGUAACACUCCAAUAUCAAAUUUUGAACUUAAUUUAAAUUAUAAAGACACUCCAGAUCCAAGUAUAAUAGUUAGUUUCACCAUUCUAUCCGAUUUUCCCAAUGUGGAAGAUGAAGAAGAGAAUCUAUCAUUUGAUGAAGCAAAAAAAAAAAAAAAGAUUUAUGAAAAAUUUGCUGCAUUGUGUAGUGAAAAAAAACGUGAAGAAACAAUGAACCAAACAGAUGAACAAGAGGAAAGAGAUUCCACAGACAAUGUAUCAAAUAAUAAUAAAAAUGAAAUUUUAGCGUGGACUACAACACCUUGGACUCUUCCAUCUAACUUGGCCCUAUGUGUGAAUGAGAACUUUAUAUAUCUGAGAAUGAAGCAUAUGAAAUUGAAUCGAGUGGUGAUAGUGGGAGAAUUUCGGCUUGAAUGGAUUUUAAAAGAGCUGAAAUGGAAUAUAGAAGAUUUGCAAAUCCUCAACAGAUUCAAGGGAAAAUAUUUGAAGAACUUAAAGUAUGAACCUCUGUUUAUCCAUUUUUAUGAAAAAUACAACUUCAAAGAACGUGCAUAUAAAAUUUUAGUAGACGAUUUUGUAACAGAUGAUGCAGGUACAGGAAUAGUACAUUGUGCUCCAACAUAUGGAGAAGAUGAUUUUCGAGUAUGUCAAAAGAAUGGAAUUUGUGAUCCUGAGAAUUCUAUUUUUAUUGAUCCAAUAGAUGCAAAUGGAUAUUUUACUAGCCAAAUUAAAGAAGUUGAAAAUAUGUACAUAAAAGAUGCAGAUAAUGUGAUAAAAAAAUAUUUAAAAAACAAAAAUGCAUUACUAAGCAAUAAUACAAUAGUACAUUCAUAUCCAUUCUGUUGGAGAAGUGACACCCCAUUGAUAUACAGAGCAAUUCCAGCAUGGUUUGUUAGGGUACAUAAUUCCACAACAGAAUUAGUAAAAAAUAAUGAAUCGACCUAUUGGAUUCCGCAUCAUAUCAAAGAAAAAAAAUUUCAUAAUUGGAUCAAGGAUGCAAAGGAUUGGUGUAUAAGUAGAAAUAGAUAUUGGGGAACCCCUAUACCUAUAUGGACAGAUGAAAAAAUGGAAUCAAUCAUAUGUGUAGAAAGUAUAGAACAUUUAAAAAAACUGUCUGGGGUAGAAAAUAUAAAAGAUUUACAUAGACAUUUUAUUGAUGAUAUUGAAAUUGAUAAUCCAAAAGGAAAGGAAUAUCCAAAAUUAAAAAGGAUUGCAGAAGUAUUUGAUUGUUGGUUUGAAAGUGGUUCGAUGCCAUAUGCAAAAGUACAUUAUCCGUUCAGUACAGAAGAGGAAGAUUUUGAAAAAAUAUUUCCAGCUGAUUUUAUAGCAGAAGGGUUAGAUCAAACCAGAGGUUGGUUUUAUACACUACUAGUGAUUAGUUCUUUAUUAUUUAAUAAGGCCCCUUUUAAAAAUUUAAUUUGUAAUGGUCUUGUACUUGCUUCAGAUGGAAAAAAAAUGAGUAAAAGAUUAAAAAAUUAUCCUGAUCCAAUGUACAUAUUAAAUAAAUAUGGUGCUGAUAGUUUGAGAUUAUAUUUAAUAAACUCAGUUGCAGUUCGUGCAGAAAAUUUAAAAUUUCAAGAAAAAGGUGUAAAUGAAAUUGUCAAAAGUUUUAUUCUUCCAUACUAUCAUAGCUUUCGAUUUUUUACACAAGAAGUUCUUAGAUUCGAAACUAUGAAUAAUAAAAAAUUCAUUUUUGAAGAAAAAUGGAUUUAUAAUAAUGAAAAUAUUAUGGAUAAGUGGAUUUUUUCAUGUAUUCAAAAUUUGACUAAAGUUGUUCAUUUAGAAAUGAAGGUCUACAAGUUGUAUAAUGUUCUUCCAAAACUUUUACAGUUCAUUGAAAAUUUAACAAAUUGGUACAUAAGACUUAAUAGAGACCGAAUGAGAGGAACCAUGGGUGAAGAAAAUGCCAUGCAAUCUCUCAGCACAACAUAUAAGACAUUGUAUUUGUUUACUAUCCUUAUGGCACCCUUUACUCCAUACAUUACUGAAUAUAUUUAUCAAUUAUUGAAGGGAGUAGCAAUGGAUUCUGUUACACAGCCUAGUAGUAGUAGUAUUAGUGUUGAAGCUGAACCAGAUGGAAAUAGCGACAAUGUUACAGUGAAACAAAAUUUGGAUUACAAAGGAGUAGUGGAAGAAGAACGAAAUAUGAGCGUGCACUUUCAAUUUCUGCCACAAGUAGAUGAAAAUUACACAAUCGAUUAUGAAAUUAUUGAACUGAUCGAAAAAAUGAAAUCCAUCAUCUUGUUGGGAAGAAUUCUAAGAGAAAGAAGGAAGGUGCCAAUUAAAAAACCUCUUAGAAGUGUAAAAAUUUUGCACCAAAAUGUAGAUUUCUUUACAAAUUUUGAAAAAAUAUGGCAUUAUAUAAAAGAAGAAUUAAACGUAUUACAUAUUGAAUAUUCAAAUGACACGAGUUGCAUAAACUUCACAGCAGUUCCAAAUUAUAAAAAUCUUGGAAUAAAAUUAGGAGGAAAUUUGAAAAAUAUACAAAACCAUAUAAAAAAUAUGGAUUCACAAUCUAUUGAAAAAUAUAAAAAAGAAAACAAAAUCAUUUUAGAUGGAAUUCUCCUAGAGGGAGAUGACAUUAUCAUCCAAAUGAAACCAACCCUGAAAGACAACAAUACAGAAAUUAUUAGCAGCGAAUCUGUAACUGUUCUUAUGGAUUUCACAGCAGAUCAACAACUUGAAGACAUGGCAAAUGCUAGAGAACUAUGUAAUCAUAUUCAAAAAAUGAGAAAAAAUCUAUCCCUAAAUCAAAAUUCCCCUGUACAAAUGCAUGUUUUCAUUUCAGAUCAACGUUUGAGAAACAGCAUGCUUAGUGAGUUGCCAUACAUCCACAAAUGUCUUCGUCGUCAACUUAACAUCCUUACCUCCCAUGACCAUUAUGAGAAGCUCGAGGGAAAGAUGCACCAAGAGUGUAUAAGUCUUGCUGGUAACAACGAGGUCAGCAUUGUUUUUACAAAAAAUUAG